AUGACGUUCGUAUCCAUCGUCAACUCAUUUGGUAGGAUGAGUCUGCCACCCAUCUUUGGCACUCCCACCGCCAAUGUAUCAGCAUUCAAUACAUCAUCUUUUCCUACUACCAUCAGGCCAGAAAAUGGAGCGGGCGAGAGCGGCAGUCCGAAUAUUCCAUUCUCUGCGGGUGGCAUGAUGGACACCAUUCUCACAACCACUGGUCAUGUAUCGCCUCUGGCGCAACUCGUCGUCUUCUUUUAUAAGCUCCUAGGCACGCAAUUUGGCCUGGAUCCGUCAAUGGUGCUGGCCAUUGUGGGAUUCAUAUGGGGCGCAUUGAAGAUCGGGUCGCAGAUUCACGACUACACCCAGAGGUUCAUUGACGAUUAUCUCAUGUGCGCCAUGUACAUUUCCGAGGAUGACCACAUAUAUUUGCACCUGAUGAAAUGGCUAUCUCACCACCCCAGUAUCAGGAACAACCAGUACCUCAUGGCCCAGACCGUCUGGAAGAGCGCCUGGGAGGAAGAAGAAGAGCUGGAAGAUGCCUUGUUCUGGACAGAUGGUGGCGAAGUAGGCGGUGGCAAUAGGAUGUACCUGAACUUCGCCAACCAAGCAGCCAGAUCGAGUCCCAGGUUUGUCCCUGCUAUGGGCUCGACAGCAUUUUGGCACAAGGGGACGUAUUUUCGGGUUCACCGAAAAAAGGAAUCGUUCGUCAACACUCAUUCGUGGGGAGGCCCAAUGAAAGACCUAGAAGAGAUUAAGGUUUCCUGCUUUGGUCGUUCCACCGAUCCAAUCAAAGAGUUGCUCGCGGAUGCCAAAGCUCUUUAUUACAAUGACACGCGCCAAAAGACGACCAUAUAUCGUCCCAGAGUCAAGGAGCAACGAAGGGACCAUAACAUGUGGCAGCAAGUAGCACGACGGCCCGUUAGACCCAUGUCAACGGUUGUGCUCGACUCUGGCGAAAAGCAUGAUAUUCUGGCCGACGUCAACGAAUAUCUUCACCCCUGGACGCCGCGGUGGUAUGCUUCUCGGGGUAUUCCGCUGAGGCGGGGGUAUCUUUUCCAUGGCCCACCAGGAACGGGAAAAACGACCCUAUCCUUUGCGCUAGCGGGCGUGUUUGGCAUCGAUAUUUAUGUAAUUAGCCUGCAGGACGCCGGCGUCAACGAAGAAGAUCUAGCAUCACUGUUCACCAAGCUGCCCAGAAGGUGCAUUGUUCUUCUGGAGGACAUUGAUACCGCAGGGCUACGGCGAGAUCUUAGCUCUGAGAGUGACGACAAGACGGAGGAUAAAAAGAGCGAAGAAAAGGGCAAGAAGGACAAGAAAAAGAAGCACAAGAGUACGUCCGAUACCAGUGACGGUGAGUCGGAGAGCGAGGUUGAAGUAAAACCAAAGAAGAGAGCUUCCAGAAAGAAGGAUGCCAGCAAGAGGAACCCCGUAGCUGUGGACGGCAUAUCAUUAUCUGGCCUCCUCAAUGCCAUCGAUGGCGUUGCAUCUCACGAAGGCCGCGUCUUGAUUAUGACAACCAAUAAGCCUGAGGCUCUGGACGAGGCCUUGAUUCGCCCCGGCAGAGUCGACGUUCAGGUGAAAUUCCGCAAUGCCAGUAGCAUUCAAGCUGGAGAAUUAUUCCGUCGAAUGUACGAGGCAUCCCGUCAAAACGAGACAAGCAAGACGGCAAAUGCGGGUGAGCUUGAAGACAAGUCGAACGAGCAACCGGUGGCGAAACACGAUACCGAAGAGCUGGAGGGAAUCACAACCGAGGAGAUGAAGACGAUCUCAGAAGAGUUUGGACGCCGGAUCCCAGAGGGUGUUUUCUCACCCGCCGAAAUCCAAGGGUUCCUGCUCAAGCGCAAGAAGUUUCCGCGCCGAGCGUUGGAUGAAGUAUCAGACUGGGUCGAGGCGACGAUGCGACAGAAGGAGGCGAAUUCCAAAGUGUCAACUGUGCAGGAGGCAGAGAAGGCGCCUGCCUGGUGGGCAGGUACAUCCACGCAAGUCGACGUCCAUGCAGCGAAUCUAGCCUCAGCCCAGCAUCGCCGCCGCAUCUUGCCCUCUUCCCCAAGCGCCUUAUUCUCGCAAACUCCCGACGGCAAUGCGCCGCUAUUUCUCCCGGUAACCGCCAUGUCGUCACUACCAUCAGGCGCCUCCUCCGGCAAGGAGUCGGGCCUGCGCGUGCCCAGCAAUGGCAAGACCAUCUACCACCGCCCCAUCAAUCGCACCAAGACGUCGGAGCUCAGCCAGGCCAGCUUUGCCUUUCUAUUCUCCGAGAUGGUGGCAUAUGCGCAGAAGCGCGUCAAGGGCAUCCAGGAGCUGGAACACAGGCUCAACGUUCAGGGCCACUCUAUCGGCAUCAAACUUCUCGACCUCCUCCUCUACCGCGAACCUGUGCGCACGCAACUGCGACCCCAGCACAUUGUUGGUCUUCUCCACUUCAUUAAGCAGAACGUAUGGCAGCACCUCUUCGGCAGGCAAGCAGACAGGCUAGAAAAAUCAACGGACGCGGAGAAGCCCGAUGAAUACAUGAUUAUCGACAACGAGCCGCUGGUCAACCAAUACAUUAGCGUGCCCCGCGAGAUGAGCCAGCUGAACUGCGCGGCCUUUGUAGCUGGAGUUAUAGAAGGGGUAUGUGAUGGUGCAGACUUUCCUGCCAGGGUGACAGCGCAUACGGUUGGAGAGGGGGAAAUGUGGCCUGGAAAGACUGUGUUCCUGGUCAAAUUCAGAAGCGAAGUGGUGGAGAGAGAAGUUUUCUUGGCAAAGACUUGA